AUGACGUCUCUAGCUAACAUGGACAUGCCCAAAGGUAGGGGAAAGAAAGCGAAUAAAGCGACGCAAAAACGAAAAGGUCCCGCCAAUGCCCCAAAAAAGCCAAUCGUAGAAACAUACGUGUCAAGUACGAAUUCGACAGCUGGCCUCCACUAUUUUCAACCAACUGAAAGUAUUGCCGGUAACUCUGCAGCUGCUACUCAACAACCACUUUUGUCGCAAAACCCUUGCUCCGCGACACAAGUAUUGCUUCCAAUAACAACACAGUUUCAGUCAAAUAAUCCUGCAGCAACAGCCACGACCAUGACAAUUGUAGCAGCAAACGUAUCAAAUACGAAUUCAACGGUCGGCUCGAACAUGCCUUCCCAACUCCACCAUUUUCAACCAGCACGAGCCAUUACUGGCACCCCUGCAUCUUCUCAUCAACAACCUUUACCUGCAAACAGUUGUCCUUCGGUAUCAUCAUUGCAACAUAUGCCAACACGUAGUGUUCAAUCAAAUAAUCCUACAGCAACAACUAUGAUAACAAUGAUUCCUACUCAACAAGAGCUACCACAAUCUUGCUUGCCAUUCAAGAUACUCCAAAACCUAAUCCACCGCCUGGUAUCUUUGUCGUGUAUCUAUUAA